AUGGCUCGCUUAGCUCCCACGUCGCUGUCUGUCGCGCUCGGGCGCCCGGGCGUUGGACAAGUCGCCACUCCCUUGCUGCGGCUGGCUCCGUCUUUGCCGGCCACAGCGCAGGUCCUGACCGAUCGCUCCUGCAGCCCCGCACGGGUGCUGCUGGCAACUUCAGCGGUUUGGGCAGGGGCACGGCGCACGAGGUCCCUCGCGCAUCGCGCCGCAGCGGACUCCGCUGCUGAGGGUCCAAAGCCCAAGGUGGUCUUCGUUAUCGGUGGGCCAGGCAGCGGUAAAGGUACGCAGUGCGAGUUCAUCCGGGAGAUGGGUUUCACCCACCUCAGUGCGGGGGAGUUGCUCCGCGAGGAGCGGCAGCGAGAGGGCUCGGAACUCGGAGCAGAAAUCGAGGCUGCCAUGACGAGCGGCAAGGCUGUGCCCAGCGAGGUCAUAGCCAAACUGCUGGAACAGGCGAUGCGCGAGAGAGGUGCCUGGAGUCAAUCCGCGAGCUUUGUGGUUGAUGGUUAUCCUCGAUCGGAAGAACAACUGAGGGGCUGGCAGACGACGUUGAGCAGUCUAUGUGCCCGCCUGCCAACCGAAGAUGCAGGCAAAGUCAAGCUGCUCUGCUGCCUCUACCUCGAGGUGGAAAAAGAAGAGAUGCGACGCCGGUUGCUCAGCCGCGCAGAGAACAGCACUCGGGUGGAUGACAACGAGGAAGUUAUUGAGAAACGCCUAUCCGGGUUCCAGGCCGAUACCGAGCCGCUGCUGAAGUUCUUCGAGGACGAGGGACAGCUCUGCACAGUGGACGGCAGCAGAGCGCCCCAGGAGGUCUUCGCCGACGUGCAAUCGCAGCUGGCAGAGGCUCCGCAAGAAGCCUGA